AUGGACAUCUUGCUCGCCAAAGUAACUCAGCAGGCCAUGAACUAUGCCAUUCGUUCAGGCAUCGCCAUCACAAGCACAUAUGCCAUUCGACAAUGCACGAGACUGGUCAAAACGGCACCCAGAGGAGGCAAGCGUGAAGAGCUACUCAACCUCCAAGUGCGACUGGAAAGCAAAAUCAGAAUCAUCUCACCAGCCAUCGAUAUGAUAGAGUUGAUUGCGGCUCGUGGAAACACUUCUCUGGAAUCUGCCGUCACUCUGACCAAAGACUUGCGCUGGGAGAUUCAAGCUCUGGGGAUCCGCCUUGCUAAUGCCGCCAACGAGGAGGAGUUGUAUCGGCGCAAAAGCUCACGGGCACAGUCAAAGGAGCAGAACGAGCUUGAGUUGCAACUCGUUAUUUCGGAUGUCAAGAAGUUGCUUGCUCGCAUUGAAGAUGCUGUGCCACUGAUCAAUCUUGCCAUUACCACUUCCGGAGUCAACUUGUCUACAAACCUCCCCGCUACAGUUUCGCCGUCUCGCCUCUUGCAAGCCAGCACUUUUCUCACAGCAGCCGAUUCACAAUACACUGCAGCUCCUGCACAAAACGUUCAAGUCGGUCCUGUCUACACACUUUCCGUAUACAUGCUUUUCGCCAGUCACACCAAUAGACCGCAUGACGAGGAGACCGCCCGCGAAGCCACCUGGAAGGAAGUCAUCCACAAAGCCAGAGUCAAGUUGGUCCGUGUACCACUGGACAGUCUAUACAAUCUGCCUGGAAACUUGACAACUCCGAGCGGUGCACGUUACUUUCCCAAAGAGUUGCCUUCUGACAACUCAUCAGUCGAGUACGCCUACCAGCUGGUUGUGAUAGAAGACUUGGACGACGACAGAGUACACACCUUCGACGAAGACGAACCUCAACCUGGCCCGUUCGAAGAAGUCGCCCUUGCAGGCAUUCGAGAUGUCAUUCCCAUCCACGAGAUCUCCAAGAUAUUCUAUGCGGAUACUGGCAAGAUUCUCAACAUCGGCUCUGAAGGCGAGACCAAUAACCCGAUCCUCCUGCUCAAACGCGAUGUUCAUGCAGAGCCACCAAGACGCAUGAUGGAGAGACGAUACACAGAAGACCAAGACUACUAUGAUAACGACGACGACGACGAAGAAGACGACCCACCACAGACACAAGAGAGUGAUGAUACGGACGCAGACGAACAAGCACAAAUCAAUGCCCAGCUCCUACGAGACUCCACACCACGACCUCAAGCCGAAAAAGAAGAGUCCCCAACACAACAAGACCCUGGGGCACAUUGGCGACUGCCUCCAGACCUGGACCCAGAAUGGAUUGCAUUCGAAGUCUAUACCGAGGAAUCGCCCUCUGAUGAUGAAGACGAAGAGGAAAACGUAUCAACUCCAGACCCUGUUACUACACCUCGACCUCGUCAAGCAUCCCUGGACCCUUCCCUCACUAACGGUCUCUCCUCCUUGAAUUUGCAGUCCUCCUUGAAUUUGCAGUCCUCCUCACCAACCACGCCUUCAAACCAACAACUUCUCCCUCCACCUUCGACUCCCUCAACACCCCAAGCCACCAUCCGCACCUCCCUGUCUCUCCUCGAAAUGCUCAUCCGCCUCACUGCUCUCCAACAAUUCCGCCAAUCCUCACACCUGACCAUCGAAGACGAACUCCUGAACUUUUUCCUCGAAGACAGCGCAACAACAGGUGCAGGCUCCAACGCCGAGUACCGCCAACGCGUACGCAGAGAUGCUCGACGACGAGUAGGCUUUGACCCUUACGACGAAAGCCCCAUCAAAAGACGCGGAGAAGAGUACUUGCAACAUCCUCGUAGUGGCAAUACACCAGCAAGAAGUUUUGCAGCAGAGGGAGAAAGUGAGUAUGAGAGGGGAUACAGAGAGGCUAGUGAGGGGGUAGGGUGGAGUGCGGAGGUGAGGCAGAGUAUAGAGUAUCCUGGAUACUUUUCGGGACAGAGGAGCUCGAGUAGUAUGCCGUCUAGUCCUUCACCCAGAGGAGUUACGCCUUUGAGGGAGAAGGCGAGUCAGAGUCCCGGAACGCCAGAGCAGAAAGGCAGGAAGGGGGUUUUGAGGAAGAGGGAAGAGAUGCCCAGAAGUCCGCUUGGGAGACAGAGUCCGAGUUCAUGA